AUGCUCAUGUUCCGGGGCAUCACAGCACUCCAAAAGGCACAAAACCGGACAGGAGUCAAAAUGACCUCAGAUAACUGCGACUGGGGUGUUGUUUCUGAGGACCAUAUUCUGGGAUUACUAUUGGCAAAACCAAACAACACGGACAUGUCGAGAAGUGCUCUAUACGUUAAAGUCACAAAGGAAGUUAUUCAAGGAAGCGGACAGGAGCGGACACAAGCCGAAUGUGAACCGGAACCGGGAUGCCCACCUGAGGACAUUCAGUAUGUGCAACCAUACUACCAGGCCCUUUUCUGUCAAUCUUCUGUGUCCCUGAAAGACUACCGAAGCUUUGCGAACCUGGUGACGUAUCAUAUCGAGGUUCGUUCUAUGACCAAUAAUUCUAUAGUGAAUAGAGAUAUGCCAGAUUUUUGGAUCUCAAACGAGCAGGACUUCUUUCCUCCUCCCGAUCUCAACUCUUCUCAGUUUGAAAGGCGCUGCCGACGCCCAUUCGACGGACACGCUGCCUGGUUAUAUAUGCCAUCUUGGAGGCUUAAUCCAGGGUACCAUAUUGAGGCAGAAGCCCAGCUUGUAACCAGAAGAUUCAUUACCUCUUCAUUCAUCCACGAUGUCCUCUUAAACUCGGAGCCAGAUUAUGCUCACAUAUCUUUGUACCCCAUCGUUGAAUCUGGCACCUCCGCACUAUCCAAUUAUACGUUGGCUACCGCGACGUUGCGCGUAACCUUGAAACCUGCAUAUGGCUACCUCCGAAACUCGGUAGCGUAUCAUAAUAUAUAUCAGUCCUCCCAAGAGCCAACCAGAAAGAAUGAAUUAUGUACUUUUAUUCAAGAAUAUAGAGAAGGAAGCAUGUUUGAUGUACUGGGAUCGAUCGGAGGCCUUUUUGCACUGCUGCAAGCUGCACACGUACUUUUGUUCGGUCGACCUAUGCUUUGGGGACUCACUGGUGCCAAACUUAUUACCCCGUUUGGACUUCUGGGGAUAUGUAGCUCUCGGGAUUUCAAGCGGCGACUACGGGAACGGUAUCACCGCGAGCCCACCAGGGAAAACCCUGAGACUCUCCGGGUAGGAGAGUUCUUACGUGACUUUGUAAUUGAGCUUGGGCCGGCUGACAUUGAACCUGAUAAUACUGCUGAAACAUCGUUAGAAACUGAGCCUCCAUUCAUGCCGAUUCCAGAGCUAAAGGAGUUGCCUGACUUUCAAGGGCCGUUACUAUUAUCAAUUGGGACUCGGAAAAUACCUAUUUUCGAAAAGAGGGAAGAAACUCUGGAUUCUUUCAGACAGGCAAAUGAUGCUGUUUGA